GGUAAACUUGGCUGCGGUUCACUUGCUACUGAUAAACCACAAGCGAGCAGAAAUGGACAAAAAAAAAGUCUACAUUAUAGAAAUUUCAGCUUCAAAGCCAUGGCGAAGUUAUUCUCCCGACAAGAAAGGACUAUUUUUCGCCGUGAGACGCGCGUCGUUCUCGAGCAGUUUGCAGCUUGUGGAGGUGUGCAGAGCGAACACGAUGCAUCAUCUGACAGCCGUGACCCUCCUGAUGGGGGCGCUCUGCUCACUAAGCAGCGUGGAAUCUUCUGCCUAUGACAAGAUUGUCAGCCACAGUCGCAUCCGAGCCAGGAAAGAAGGGCCCAACGUGUGCGCCCUGCAGCAGGUUCUGGGGACCAAGAAGAAAUACUUCAGCACGUGCAGGAACUGGUACAAAGGCUCCAUCUGCGGCAAGAAGGCCAUGGUGGUGUACGAGUGCUGUCCCGGCUACAUGCGUCUGGAAGGCAUGAAAGGAUGUCCCGCAGUGGCGCCCAUCGACCACGUGUACGGCACGCUGGGUCUGGUGAAGGCCGCCACCACGCAGCAGUACUCGGACGUGUCCAAGCUGAGGGAGGAGAUCCAAGGCCGGGGCUCCUUCACCAUGUUCGCCCCCAGCAACGACGCCUGGGAGCAGCUGGACGCCAGCGUUCGCGGGGCGCUGGUUAGCAACGUGAACGUGGAGCUGUACAACGCCCUCCACUACCACAUGGUCAACGGCCGGCUGCUGACCAAGGACAUGAAGGACGGCAUGACGGUCACGUCCAUGUUCAGCGACCUGGGCCUCUACAUCAACCACUACUCCAACGGCGUGGUGACGGUCAACUGUGCCAGGAUCAUCCACGCCAACCAGGUGGCCACCAACGGCGUGGUGCACGUCAUCGACCGCGUCAUCAGCGGCGUGGGCAACACCAUCAAGAACGUUCUGGACGUCAACGACGAACUGUCCUCCUUCAGCGCGGCCGCCCUGGCCUCGGGUGUGAUGGACAAGCUGGACCGGCCGGGACACUACACGCUGUUCGCGCCGACCAACGCCGCCUUUGAGAAGAUGGGGCCGGGCCACCUGGAGCGCCUCAUGGCGGACAAAGCUGUCAUUGCAGCCUUGGUGAACUACCACUUGCUGACCAGCGUCCAGUGCGCCGAGGCCAUCAUGGCGGGCACCGCGUACGAGACGGCCGAGGGCAGCUACGUCGAGGUCGGCUGUGACGGCGACAGCCUGACGGUCAACGGCGUCAAGAUGGUGCUGAGGAAGGACAUCGUCACCACCAACGGCGUCAUCCACCUCAUUGACCAGGUGCUGGUGCCCGACUCAGCCAAGGACGUGACGGAGCUGAUGGGCGACUCCCAGAGCACCUUCCAUGACAUGGUGUCAGACCUGGACUUGGCCGCAGCCUUGGGUCCGAAGACGGAGUACACGCUCCUCGCCCCCCUCAACGGCGCCUUCACCAACGAGGUGAUGGCCACGGACCAGACGCUGCUGAGGCACCUCCUCCAGAACCACGUCCUGAAGCUGAAGGUCACGCUGGGCCAGCUCUACAACGGCCAGCUGCUGGAGACGCUGGCCGGGAAGCUCCUGCGAGUCUUCAUCUACCGCACGGCCGUGUGCAUCGAGAACGCCUGCAUGGUGCGGGGCAGCAAGGAAGGAAGCAACGGCGUCCUCCACCUCAUCAGGUCCAUCAUCAUACCCGCGGAGAAGACCACCUACCAGAUCCUGAAGGUGGACGGACGCUUUAAAGUCUUCCUGUCACUGAUGGAGACUGCAGGUCUGACGGAGCUCCUGAAGCAGGAAGGCUCCUUCACCGUCUUCGCGCCCACGGACGAGGCCUUCAGCCAGCUCAGCAAAGAGGACAUGGCGCUGCUUAAAAGUGACCAGAACGUUCUGAGGACCAUUCUGCUUUAUCACGUCAGCAAUGGCAUCUUCAUCAAUGGCGGCCUGGAAGGGGGCGUGACCAACCUGCUGAAAACGCUGCAGGGCCGGAACCUGCAGGUUAUGUCCGCGAACAACUCCAUCCACGUCAACUCGGUGGACGUUCCCGACAGCGACCUGAUGGCCACCAACGGCGUGAUCCAUGUGGUGAAGAACGUCCUCUACCCCGCGGAUCUUCCCGUGGGCCGCCAGGACCUGCUGCUGCUCCUCAGGAAGAUCAUCAAGUACAUCAAGAUCCAGUUCAUCUCAGGAUUCUCCUACUCUGAGAUCCCGCUCACCUUCAUCAAGAGGACCACCACGGUCACUACCACGGAGUACACCGAGCAGAGCCCCGGGAAGACGCAGCUGAUCCUCAUCGAUGGAGAACCGUCCCUCACCAAGGUAACGCGGGUCAUCGAAAAAGAGCCCACCGUCACCGAGGUGGUGGUGGAGGGCGGGCCGGUGGUCACCAAGGUAACGCGGGUCAUCGAAAAAGAGCCCACCGUCACCGAGGUGGUAGUGGAGGGCGAGCCGGUGGUCACCAAGGUAACCACCGUGGUGGAAGGGGACCCCUCGGUCACCAAGGUGACCCGGGUGAUCGGAGAGCCGGGCCUCACUAAGGUUACCAGAGUCAUCGAGGGUGGACAGCCGGACUCGGACGAGAAGACGAUCACGGGUGGAGCCCGCUUCAGUGCGCACGUCGAGCCUCAAAUCAUUGAGGGGCCCGACUUCUCCAGGAUCACCACCAUCCACAGCAACCCCAACCUGAUCGACCAGGAGUCUGACAGAAUCACCAAACUCAUCCAAGAGGGAGGAAGGUUUGCUGCCGCCAGGAACGGUCCAGCCGGCAUGAGGAGGAGGAGGACUCGGCUGGUGAAGCGUCCCCGCAAGGCCAGGCAGUGAGAUGAAGUGGUGAGUGCUCCGAGCCCACCGCCCACGGAUGAACUGGUGGACCAGUCCGGCUGUACUUUGGUGCAUGAGUGCUGCCGCGUGCGCACUUUGAACAUUUCCUGUGAGCUAAGAGGGCAACACUGUCGCGUAUGAAAGAUUUUUUUUUUUUUUUUCAUUUUUCUCUCCACAAUUUCACCUUUGGGGACAUUUUCUAAGCUUUGAUGGUGCUUGCAUCCAAUAAAAUGGCUGCUUUUUAAUGACAAGACGAUGUCACUCUGUAAUUUUAUCCCAAUGUCAUUAAAAUACAUUUUAUUACUAUUU